UAACUAUUAUUUGACCAAUAAACCACCAUCUCAUGUUAUUCUAGAGUUUACCAUUAUGAUCCUGUGAUACAUCAAAAUCUAAAAUUAUGUAUAUCGAAGUUGAUGGACUACUGUUUGCUGACAUAACUAAAAUUUUAAAUGUGAAGAUACAUUAACUUAAAAAGUGCGAUAGGCUUGAAGUUAUCCCGGGCAUUAACAAGUAAUUAUCAACGCAAUAUUUUCAGUAACCGGCUGUUUCACUGAUAAAAGACAUCUCAACUUCUUGAUGGAAAGAUCACGAUAAUGUCAUAUAAUUUAUACAAAUGUUAUAUAUAACAUAUUAAUUAGUUAUGAUGCAAACAUCUUUUAAAUAGUACCAUUGUUCAACCUUCAAAGUCAACCUACCAACCACAAAAGGCCCAUUGUAACCAUUGAGCAACCUCAAAUUACAGUAGCUCUUAAUGUUCCUCUUGUUCUUAUCGUAUCAUCUCCUUCGAUCAUCAUCCCAAUAUUUUUCUUUUCUUCAAACACAAAAAAUAUAUAGGAUUUGGGCAUGGACCGGAGACGAAACCGGCUAAAGCUUUGUCCUCAUGAACCCUAAAGGUAGAAUAAGUCUCAAACGUUCAAUCACCGGUCAUCAUGGUUCGAUCUUACAGCUACACCUCUUUCUCCUACUCUUCUCCGGCCAAGCUUCGGCUCAAGCCACUCACGGCGGUUCAGAUAUGUAUAGAGAAAGCUCCCGGUUCGACCCAACCAUGGCAAUACUCAUGAUCGUCCUCGUCAGCGUUUUCUUCGCUCUAGGGUUCUUCUCCGUAUAUAUCCGUAGGUGUCUCGAGCGAGUCAUGGGGAUGGACAACACACACCCCGCUGAUGCCGGCGGAAACUGGCUUUCUCUGAGCCGCCCGCAGGCGCGUGGACUUGACGCGUCUGUCAUUGAGACUUUUCCUACGUUCAGAUACUCAACGGUGAAAACGCUUAGGAUAGGCAAAGAGGCCCUUGAGUGUCCUGUAUGCUUAAACGAGUUCGAAGACGCUGAAAGGCUGCGUUUGAUUCCUAAAUGUUGCCACGUGUUCCAUCCUGGUUGUAUAGAUGCUUGGCUUCAGUCUCACCCAACGUGUCCUCUUUGCCGCGCUAACCUCGUCCCCGUACCGGGAGAACCGAUUGUUUCUAUCCAGAUACCCGGUUUAGCGGAUGAAGCUCCCGGUUCUGAGUUAACCGGUGAUCGGAUUACGGUUUUGGGUUCUCCGGAUGCGAGAUUAAUUGACUCAGUGGCCUUAACCGGUAACCAGAGUAUGCCACGUAGGUCUUUGUCUACCGGAUGGAACUUAGCCGGAGUUUUCACCAAUUCUGAUUGGACUGGUCAACAUGGAGAGAAUCUAGACCGGUUCACGCUUAGGUUACCGCAAGACAUUUACAAUAAGCUAGUGAACCCAAGUUUUUCAAAAGGUCACGUGGCGUUACCUCAGGUGAUGAGUUCAGCGAGAGGGUACAGAACCGGAAGCCUAGAGACUGACACAAACUAUUUCUACUAUGAACGGUUUGACCAAGGUGGUCGGUUAGACCGUAGACCAUUUUCCAUGACUCCUCCGUACAGGACAGGUUCGAUCAAUACGUCUCCGGGUGGCAGUGGUGAUCAGGUGCGUGCUGGUACACCAAAAGGUUUGCUUCUAGCGAUGAAAUCACCGUUCGAUCGGUUGUUUCUUGGAAAGAACAACAUUGGUGACCGUUCAUCAAACAACAACAUCGGUGAACGUUCGUCGGAUCACCUUCGUGCCGGCAACGCUAGCCAUCUGACUGUGUAGAUCAAAGUCGCAUAGUUGGUUGUUUAAGGAACUCUUACUACAUAUUUUAUUUUUAUUUUCGCAUUCUGUAUGUUCAGUUUAAUUUUGCGGAACGAGGUCCGCUCUUUGAUUUUUUUUUUUCUGCGGGUCAAUUAUUUUAAAAAAAACUAUUAUAUAACUAA